AUGGGAAGGCCAUUAAAGGGCAAGUCAGGUGCCAAGUCAUUGAAGGCAGCUCUUCAAAGGCAUCAAACACAUGACCAAUUAGCACAACAGUACAGGAAGAAAGCUGAAAAUAAGCUAAAAAAAAAAUCUCAGCCGAGUACAAAAGUGAAGAAGAAUCAAGAGAUGCAAAAGCUGAUGCAAAGCAAUUUUGUUCCAUUUGAAAAGAACCAGACCUUGCUGUUGAUAGGUGAAGGUGAUAUGUCCUACGCCAAGUCCAUAAUUGAAGAGGGAUAUGUCGUGCCAGAAAAUUUAAUAGUGACCAGUUAUGAUAAUUCAAUUUCUGAACUAGAGCUUAAAUAUCCACAUUCUUUUCAUGAGAACUAUCAUUACCUUCUGGGCCAAAAUGUGAAACUGUUCUUCAAAAUCGAUGCAAAAAACCUAACCAAAUCUUUCAAAUUAUCCAAAAAGACACCAUGGAACAAAGUUCUAGGUCCUACAUGGAAGAAUAAAAUAUUACAGAAUAUAUUGUUCAACUUUCCUCAUACGGGAAAAGGUAUUAAAGAUCAGGAUCGAAAUGUUGCAGAUCAUCAAGAGCUAGUACUCGGAUAUCUACGAAGUUGCAAAGAAUUAUUCGAAUUGGUAAAUAAGCCCAUAAUGACCAAUUUAUCGAAUUACAAUCAGGGCUACGACAUAAAGGAGUCUCAGAAUAACCAGGAAAUUACCAGUGAAGGAUAUGGUAAAUUUUUAUUAACAGUCUUCACUGGAGAACCUUACGAUUCAUGGAUGAUCAAGACUUUAGCUAAGAGUAUUGGUUUGUGUGUACAACGCUCCGGAAAAUUUCAUUGGGAUCUCUACCCAUCUUAUCAGCACAGGAGGACCAAUAGCGAGCAGGAUACUACGAAACCUGCAAAGGAAAGGGAUGCAAGAGUUUACGUUUUCGAGAAAUUCGAGCGUAAAAAGAAGAAAAAUCAAGCCUCUGACGAAGACGAUUAA